UGUUCAUUUUGUGUAGUUUGUAGUAUCGUGUAGGUGAUCAGUGUCGUGUGUGUCGUGCGUUGCGUCAUCGGAGUCGCGCGCGAUGUGCGAGGCUCGGUGAAAGUGCCCGCUGGCUGGCUGGCUGGUGUCGGAGCGUGGGGCGGAGCGGCCGGCAGCAUGGGCGUGGGCCUGCAGCCGCUGGAGUUCACGGAGUGCCUGGCGGACAGCCCGCACUUCCGCGAGAACCUGCAGCGCCACGAGAAGGAGCUGGAGCGCACGAGCCAGCAGAUCAAGCGCCUCAUCAAGGAGGUCAAGGAUGUCGUGCAAGCCGCCAAGCGGCUGGGCGCGGCGCAGCUGGCGCUGGCGGCCAGCAUGGAGCAGUUCGAGUUCGCGUGCAUCGGCGCGUCCAUGACGGACGACGAGCGCGUCAUCGGCCGCUCGCUGCACCACUUCGCGCAGCUCAUCCGCACCAUCGAGGACGAGCGGGACCGAAUGCUGGGGCGUGCGCACGAGCAGAUCAUCCAGCCGCUGGAGCGGUUCCGGAAGGACCACAUCGGUGCUGUCAAGGAAGGCAAGAAGAAGUUCGACAAGAAGACGGCCAAGUUCUGCCAGAGCCAGGAGCGCACGCUGUCGCUGUCCACCAAGAAGCCCGAGGCGGUGUUUCAGGAGGCGGAUGCCGCGAUGGACAUGGCGGAGCGCGACUUCUGCCAGGCGUCGCUGGAGUACGUGUUCCAGCUGCAGGCGGUGCAGGAGCGCAAGAAGUUCGAGCUGGUGGAGACGCUGCUGGGCUUCGUGUUCGGCUGGUGGACCUUCCACCACACGGCGCACGACGUGCACGCCGACGCCGAGCCGCUCGUGAGGGACCUGCAGCUGCGCAUACAGAGGACUCGGAGCAACUUCGAGGAGACCAGCAAGCAGACCGAGUCGCUCAUGAAGAAGAUGAUGGAGGUGAGGCAGAUGAACAAAGACGUGGAGGGCCCGGAGGAAGGCGUGGGCGGCGUGUCGCGCGCGGGGUACCUGUUCCUAAUGGAGAAAAAGGCGUUCGGCACGACGUGGAGCAAGCAGUACGCCACGUACGAGAAGAGCUCGCGCGUGCUGUCGCUCAUGCCCUUCAACCAGAUCAACGUCAAGAUCGCUGGCAGUGCGGAGAGCGUGCCGCUGGCGGGCGCGCGCGCGGCGCAGGACGUGGAGCGGCGCUUCUGCUGGGAGGCCGUGCCCGCCGAGCGCGAGCGCGCGCCGCUCACGCUGCAGGCGCUCGGCGAGCGCGACCGAGCCGCCUGGCUGCGCGCGCUCGACGCGCUCGCGCCGCACCGACAGGCGGUGGCGGCGGUGGCGGGCGGCGGCGCGGGCGACGAGGAGGCGUGGCCGCUGGACGACGCGGGCUUCACGUUCGUGCGCCGCAUCAUUGCGGCGCUGGAAGCGCGCGGCCUCGACGAGCAGGGCCUCUACAGGGUGGCGGGCGUGUCGUCCAAGGUGUCGCGGCUGGUGGCGCUGGGGCGCGCGCGCAGCCUGCCCGCGACGCUGGAGCCCGCCGACUGGGAGAGCAAGACGCUGACGUCGGCGCUCAAGGCCUACCUGCGCGCGCUGCCCGACCCGCUGCUGACGCGCGCGCUGCACCACGCCUUCCUGCACGCCGCCAAGAGCGAGCGCGCCGCGCGCCUGCACGCGCUGCACGGCCUCGUGCACGCGCUGCCGCCGCGCAACCGCGACAUGCUGCGCCUCGUGCUCGCGCAUCUGUGCAGGGUGGCGGCGCGCAGCGAGCGCAACCUGAUGACGGCGUCCAACCUCGCCGUGUGCUUCGGGCCCACGCUGCUGCGCGCCGAGCGCGAGACCGUGGCCUCCAUCCUCGAGCUCAAGUUCUACAACGUGCUGGUGGAGGCGCUGCUGGAGCACUUCGCGGCCAUCUUCAGCCCCGAGCCGCCGCCCGCGCCGCCCGACGCGCCGCCCGACCCGCCCGCGCCCGCACCGCUCCACCACAACGGCGUACUGGGGACGUCGCCGGCCGUCCCCGUCUCCUCGCGCAAUGAUAUUAGCGUGCCGCUGUACUCGCCGCACCACCACCAGCUGCUGCAGCACUUCGCGCCGCGCCCGCCGCGCGCGAGCUGCGCGGGCGCCGCGCGCUGCAGCAGCAGCUCCGAGUCCGUGUCCAGCCACAGCGCGUCCCCGCCGCCGCACCCGCACGCGCACCCGCACGCCGCGCACCCGCACGCGCCGCACCCCAGCAGAGUCACGCGCGUGCGCACGCUGUACGCGUGCGUGGGCGAAAGCGAGGGCGAGCUGUCGUUCGAGCCCAAUCAGAUCAUCACCAACGUCACCGCGUCGCCCGAGCCGGGCUGGCUGCGCGGCUCGCUCAACGGCAAGAGCGGCCUCGUGCCGCAGAACUACGUCGAGCCGCUGCCCUAGCGCGCCGCGUCGCCCGAGCCGCUGCCCUAACGCGCCGCGUCGCCCGAGCCGGGCUGGCUGCGCGGCUCGCUCAACGGCAAGAGCGGCCUCGUGCCGCAGAACUACGUCGAGCCGCUGCCCUAGCGCGCCGCGUCGCCC